GCCUCAUGUCACGUGCCGCAGAAAAAACCGAUGUUGCUACUCUUCUCACAAACCACAAAUCUCUCUCUCUCUCUCUCUCUGUACCUUUCACCCUUCGCUUGAGCUUUAACAAUGGCGGAACACGACCCCAUCACUCCUCCAUUACCCAAACACCGCCUCUCUCAUCUCUCCGACGAGCCUCAACUUAUUAUACCCGUGGACGACGAUUGGGAUUCCGAAGAACCCGCAAAUCGAAUUCACAACUACGAAACCGAUCCAAUUAACAAUACCCAUUCAGCGAUUGAGAACCCAUUUGAGUUUCUCGGUGCCGGACCUCUCUCCGUGCCUUCCUCGACCACUAUCGAUCCCUUUCGCAACCACACGCCGCAAAUUGAAGGGGUUUAUGAGUGGUUGAAGAUCCUGAUUUGUGUGCCUAUUGCGAUUGUUCGGCUCGUGUUGUUUGGUUUGUCUUUGUUGAUUGGGUAUGUGGCUACAAAGUUUGCUCUCCAUGGUUGGAAGGAUAAGCAGAACCCAAUGCCCAAAUGGAGGUGUAGAGCAAUGUGGGUUACUCGAAUUUGUGCUCGGUGUGUCCUCUUUUCUUUUGGGACUUGGUGCCUUGUGUCCUGGUGACAUGUGACAAGGAACAGGUUGUGGUAUGGAGGGGAAAGGAUUAUAAGCCGACAGAGGACUACGAUCACUUCUUUACUGUUCGUGAUUCAUUUGACAAUGCACGUGAUGAUUUGGUUAGCAGUCCAGAACACUAAACCUCUGAUGAUGACAUCAGCAGUCGG